AUUGAGUUUUGCGAACAACAGUAUAUAUUAUAGCCGCUCAAAGGCAAACUGUUGUUCACGCUUGGUAUCCCACGCUUUGCCCGCCAAAAAGCGCUGUGUAACUUUCUUGUUCCUUCCUGAGCUCCAGUUGCCUAAACCAUACGGCUCUGAAAUAUUAAGCAGUUUCGUGCACUUCCCCGGGCCUCAAAGUGAAGUUGUAAACUGACAUGGGCCGCGAACAGCAGUAACUAGUUGCGCCGAGGGUGUUUCCUAACACGCUCCUGGCUUCAGUAAGCGACAACACGAGUCUAUUAUAGACUAGGAGUUAUGCCUUCAUCAUCUCAAGCCCAAGGCCAACGGGACUCGCAGCGUAAUACGCGCGCACAGGGUCAACCCCAUCCGGCGCAGUCAGGAAACCAACAACAGCAUCCAGCUCCCCAAGCGCCUCCCACUGAUUACGGAACAUUUCUUGCUGGCUACAAUGAGACACGAAGGUACACGGUACUGGAGCUCAUUGGCAAGGGCAGCUAUGGAGUGGUUUGCUCUGCCAAGGACAACCUCACCGGGGAGGUUGUAGCCAUCAAGAAAAUCCAAAACGUGUUUGACAACGUCGCGGAUGCGCACCGCAUCCUGCGUGAGAUCACCUUGCUGCGGCUGCUGAAGCACCCGGACAUUGUGGAGGUGAAGCACAUCAUGCUGCCCUCGGACCCCAACAGCUUCAAGGACCUCUACGUCUGCUUUGAGCUCAUGGAGUCGGACCUGCACACGGUGAUUGGCGCCAACGACGACCUCACUCGCGACCACCACAAGGUGUUUCUCUACCAGUUGCUGCGCGGCCUGAACUUCAUGCACACAAACGGAGUGCUGCACCGCGACCUCAAGCCGAAGAACAUCCUGGCCAACUCGAACUGCAAGCUCAAGAUUUGCGACUUUGGCCUGGCUCGGCCCUGCAUGGGCGGCUCCGGGUCGCCCCUGACGCCCGUGUCGUGGACGGACUAUGUCGCUACUCGGUGGUACCGCGCACCCGAGCUCUGCGGCAGCUUCUACGGGCAGUACAACAGCGCAGUAGACAUGUGGAGCAUCGGGUGUAUCUUUGCCGAGGUGCUCCUGGGUAAGCCGCUCUUCCCAGGUCGCGACGCGGUGUCGCAGCUCAACCUCAUCACAGACCUGCUGGGGAAGCCCGCGCAGUCGGUCAUCGAGGGCAUCGGCAACGCCCGCGCCCGCAAGUUCCUGCAGAGCAUGGCACCCAAGGAGCCACGUCCCCUGAGCUCCAAGUUCCCCAACGCGGACCCGCUCGCACUCGACCUGCUGGCGCGCAUGCUCGCCUUUGACCCAGUGGACCGACCCACGGCAGCGGUCGCCCUGGCACAUCCGUACUUUGCCGGCCUGCCGAACGCCGUACACCAGGAGUCGGUGCCCGUGGCCUCCAACUUUGAGUUUGAGUGUUGUCCGAAGCUGACGGAGGCGGAUGUACGCCACCUCAUUUACCGUGAGGCCCUGCAGUACCACCCGCAAGUCCUGAUGGCGUACGAGAGCCAGAUGGCGGCGCUGCGGAAUGGCCUGGGCGCGGUGGACUUGCACAUUCCCACGCACACGAACCCUUACACACUGGCUUCCACGCCUUCGGACUCUGUGUCGCUUCAGUUUAUGUUGCAGCAGAGUGACAGCCAGGAUAGCUCGGUGGAGGGGGAGGUUGCGAAUGUGCUGCCGCCGGCGUCGCAUGCUCCGCUGCCGCCGCCGGGGUUUGCAGCGCAGGCGACGGUGGGUACGGUGUCUGGGGCGGUUCCGCCGCCCAUGUGGCGCAUGCAGCACCCGCAGCAGCAGCCGCAGCAGCAACCGAGACAGCAGGUGCAGUCGCAGCCGUUGCAGCCCCUGCAGGAUACGCAGCGGUACGCUCAUGCAGCGUCGUACAACCACUUGCAGCAGCAGCAGCAGCAGCAUUACCAGGCGCCCAUUGCUGAUGCUUCAGAUUACUACCGGCAGCAGCAGCAGUUACAGCAGCAGCACCUGCAGCAGCAGCAAAGGCAGCUGGAACAGUACCAGCAACAGCAGUUGCAGCAGCUACGGCACGCGCCCCUGCAGGCUCAGCCGAUGCAGCAGCAGCCCCAGCACCCGUUGCUUCACCAGCAACAGCUGCAGCAACAGCACCUGCUUCAACAGCAGCAGCAGCUAUUGCAGCAGCAGCAACAACAGUUACAGAGGACCUCUCCUAGAUACGGCUCAGGGGGAGGGUACGGCGGAGUCCCGGUGACCUCGUAUUACGCUCUGCAGGCGACGUAAGAGGGCACAGUCCUCGUGACAGCUGGGCAUGCUUCGUCUUGGGGCGUAUCCAAUCUCCAAUGCAUCAUAACGCUUAGCGCCACUGUGUUUGGCAUGAGGCGUGGUGGUUUUUCCUCGCGAGCGUUUGCAUUGUGAACUGACUUUGCACGGCGUUGAAGUUGAAGCUACGUGAUUGCCUGAAGUUGCUCUGGGGGUUUGUAUCUAUAUCUAAUACGCUGGCAGAUGCUGUCAGUGUCUGUUGCCAGUUGUGGCCGUUGUUGGCUGCGAUGAGGUGGAUUUGCCGCUUGGUACCGAGUGGUAGGCAGGUGGGGUAAACACGCAGCGAGGUGAUUGAGGACGUCGUGGGGCGUACCACAAACAGGCUUGCGUCUGUUUGGAUCCAGAUCGGGUGGCCUGGAUUCCGGAUUGUAGAGUAACAGGAGGGCGCGUCGCUUACAGCUGGCUGGCUCCGUGUGUGGGCGAGGUCAUGGUUUGCGCAGCGUUCUCGUGUGAGACGAGUGGUGCCUUUCCAUGAGUCGAAAUUGUACUUGGGAUGCGGGUGUGAUGCUACGGCUAAAGCGGUGCUGGGAAUGCUCCGCAGGCAGUGCAAGCGUGCGUGUGUUUUGUGAUACGAUUAGCAUGCAGGGCGUCUGUUAUCUACGGAUGCGACCGAAUGCAGAUGAAAAUGGCUUUUUUGUCUGCGGGAGAUACAUUUUUGAGUAGGUAGGGUGAGUAGGUAGGGUAAACACGGGUUUGGUAAUGGGUAGUUGGUAGUUUAGCAGAGCAAUGGAGGGUACCUUGGAGAGCUGGUGUGUAGUUGAGAAUGGGAGGGACACGGAAGCCAUGCCAGCUCACAUUGUGGCAACAUAUGGCAAGCCGUUAUUUAUCAUGGCCGGGGGUGUCAUGUGCCUAACCCACGUGAACGUUAGGAAGCAUAAGGCUACAGUUGGGUAGGCCAGAGCGGGCCUAUGUGGCCGAACAUAGGACAGGACCAUGGGUCGUGGGUUGUGUAGGUUCCAAGUUUGUGUGUGAUUAACUGCUGCCGCAAGGGGUGCAUGCCUUACAUCGACAUUGCCUGCGCUUAAUUCUUUGUUACUAGUCGCGCCGGGUCGUGUUGUUUGUCAGCAUGUUUCUUUUUUGGCUUCAUCUUGCGGCGUACUUUUAUGGGUUUCUGUUUUACAGGGCCAUACUCGUCAUUACUAAUGCGUAGAUUGUUUGCAAAGCCGAAGUGUCUGGUGACGCGGGGGCUCAUGUGAUCGGCGUGACCAGUGUACGGAUACAUGGAAGGAUCCAGGUUCGAAAGUCUGCUGGUUUACCUCUCCUCUUACUUUAGCAUGGCGCGCGUGCAUUUGUUGACUGGGUGUGUGGGCCUCUAGCUGUGGGAUCUCUUGCCGCAAACGAGGCCUGCAUGAAAGCAUUAUGCUGAUCUAAUAUAAUAAGUUGUAAACGUUGGUAUGGCGAUUAAAGCAGGUUGGACGUUUCUGUUUGUUGCAAGGGCCCCAUGGCCCAUGUUGCUUGACUGAUGCAAUGAUAAGGCCCCUGGAGGUUGUCGUCCCGGAGUUGCCUUGCAGUUGGCAAGGCUUCGUGCACGAGGCUCCUUGAGGCAUGGCUACUGGCUUGCCAGGGUUAUACGUUGACUACUUGAGUGGGUUUCGAGUGUCAUUGCAAUCGGACAUGGUUUACGAAUGACAGUCCUGUUGGUUUCCGUCGUUGAAGACUUGCGUAGUGACAGCUGCUAUGUGCCUCUUGAGUGGGCCUCGAAUGACUCGUGUCUGCUGCACGCAGGCUCAGGCUUGGGAUGAACACUACCCACCUGACAGUCAAUAAGGUAUACAUUUAAGCUUACCGACGUUACCGUCCGUGCAAUGUCUACAAUGUUCCGGCCCAACCUGACUCCACAAG